AUGGCGAACCGAAGCGCGGCCGACCGCGCGGCCCUGUACAAUCGCCUCUCGAACACUCCAACGUCCAACAGCGCGACAACCGAGCAGACGCAGCGGCUUAUGGAAGACCAGAACGACGAGAAGAUCGAUCAAUUAUCUAUUCAGAUUGGCACGCUCAAGGACGACAACCGAUUCCUUGGCGACAUGGACCGCGCCUUUAGCAACACCGAGUCGCUCAUGGGCGGUACGCUCAAGAAGCUCGGGACGAUGAUGGAGCAGGGCGGGCCCAAGCACAUGUGCAUGCUCAUCACGUUCGUCGUCGUCGUCUUUGUGCUCAUGUAUCUCCUCAUGACGGGCAAAUACUGA